CGAAUUUAAGUCUUUUAACAAGAUGUCAACUAGCCUGGCUGCAGUGAUAUACACACAAGUGUAAAUUACACACGCAGUAGAAAACGCGUCGACCCGCACCGAGCAGCUUCUGUUAACAUUCAGGCUCAAAGUACCUCGGUUGUAACAUAAAACAAAUACUCCUUUCUGUACAGUACGAGAAAAAAAGCGACGAAGGAUGACGACUCCGGUUGUAAUUGCCGCAACGGCUCGACACACCGCGACGCUCAUAUUUCUCCAUGGGCUUGGAGACACGGGCAUUGUUUGUCGCAUCAAUGAAUAUACUGACACAGCAAAUUUUAAGAAUUUUAACAUAGCUAUAUAAACAGAAGACUUGUGAUUGGAGUUUCUUUCCUCGCUACAGGAUGUGGCAUUGAUUAGGAAAUUGAAAUUUUUAAUCGUUAUAUAUACGAAUAUAUUCAAUCUUAAAGUAUCGUUCACACAAAUAUAUACAUGCAUUUAUAUGCAUCAUAAAUUUCAGAAGGUUGAUUUCGUCAGAACAUACAGCAAGUGGAAUAUUCUUACAUGGAUGGGCAAGCUCGAUGGGAUCUGUGCGAUCUCCUCACGUCAAAGUAAUUUGUCCAACUGCGCCAACUAUGCCAGUGACGUUGAACGCCGGAUUCCGGAUGCCUUCGUGGUUUGACCUGAGAUCGCUCGAUCCAUCAGGUCCAGAAGAUGAAGAGGGUAUCCGUAGGGCUGCAGAAGUUGUACACUCGUUGAUAGCUCAGGAGGUCGCAGCUGGUAUACCAACGAAGAGAAUCGUUAUCGGAGGAUUUAGUCAAGGUGGAGCUCUGGCGAUGUAUAGUGCACUCACGUUUCCAGAGCCUCUAGCAGGCGUCAUAGCUUUAUCAGCUUGGCUCCCUUUGCAUCAGAGGUUCCCCGCCAGUGCGGUUGGCAAUAAAAAUGUCCCGUUGCUGCAGUGCCACGGUGAUUGCGAUCCAAUUGUUCCAUACAAGUGGGGCCAGAUGACUGCGUCGUUGUUGAAGCAGUUCAUGACCAAUACAGAGUUUAAAACGUAUCGAGGAAUGAUGCACACAUCUUGCGACGAUGAGAUGCGCGAUAUGAAGAUGUUCGUUGAAAAAGUUCUCAAGCCAUAAUAAACUAAAUUAAUUGUAUCAAUUAAUGAUGGUACUAAUAAUAUAAUCACUAUUAUUGGUAUUAUUAUUGAGAGUGAUGAAUAUUAUAAAUAAAAUUAAUAAUUCCAAUGCUACGUUAUUUUUAGUCGUUAAUUAAACAUACUAGGGAAGAAAAACAAAUGGAAUGGGAAACAUCAAAAACCAAUACGAAAAUGAAUUGUAGUCGACAGGUAUGGUAAUUUCUACCAUUCUGUUCAGUAGAAAACUGGCUACUUCAAAAUUUGACGUUUUAUUAACACGUUGCAAUAAAAAAGAAAAACGUGCAUUUUACAUUCGUGAAUGUAAAUUUGAGAAAAUUAUUCCAACGAAGAACAAAUUUAGAAUUGAAUUUAAUUAAAGAGUCGAUUUAUUAAUCGCAGAACUAUUUAAUGUAAUGGAAUAAAACGAUCCUGUUAAAAUAUACCCAACUGUAUUAUAGUUAAAAAAGAUACCUGUCAUAGGUCAAAUAAUUAGAAUAUCCUAGCAAUUGAGCAAAAGCUUUCUGGCCUCGAAACCUCGGUUUAUUCUUUCCAUUUAUUAAUUAAUAUAGGCAAUGAGUACCUAUCUAACAAUUUAUUUAAUUUUUUUCACUGAAUUUACUCAAAGUUUUACAAACUACUUUCCAAAUUUAUUCAUCAAUACCUUGAUCUGAUUGUCUUGUUAACGAAAAACUUGCAAGAAUUCCUCGACUCUUUUUCCCCAUGCUUUCUUAUAAUCGGUGUUAGAAACUACACAUAUUCACUUACAGAAAUUAACGAAUACUUUUCAAAAUAGCUUGGUCACCACCAGCAGUCCUGCUAAUUCUUAAAAUGAUAUUCAAAGGUGAAGGUUUUUCAGACUUCAAGUAUAUAUUUUUACAGUACUUAUUUAAUUUAUUUCGAAGUAUCCUCAUUGGAACCAUUAAAUAAAGUUGCUACAUAGCAAUCUUACUGUUAAUUGGAUCAAAGUUUUCUGAUAUAGAUUUACAGCACCAGCACGGGGUUAUUACUGUUUAUUGUGGUUAAAAAAGUAUUAUCUUUCGAAUACCUUGUAUAGUAGCAAUAGGUAUACAGUACGACUGCUAAGUUUUGCUGGCAAAACGAAGAAUAAAUAAUAAUGAAAGCACUAGUAGAUAUAAAAUAGUAACAUGUAGGCGUACCUGUGUAUUUUAUUGCAUGUACGUACAUGUCUAUGUGCGAAUAUAAGAUCGAAAUAAUAAAAUAAAAAUCAUAAAUAAAACGAAGGCACGAUUUUUUAAAAUGCCCUGUUAAACACGGGAUUUUAUUUCGUUAGAUUUGUAAACGGGAAAAGUCUAGUUUGUUGAUUUAAUUUCAAUUACUCAACGUGCAAUGGGAAACGACUGGUAAUAAUAAUAUCAAAUGACAAGAACUGCCAGUUCGUUUAUUGUUUGUACAUCGCACUGGCAAAUAACUGAUGAGAAUUUUGACUUUCUUCUUCUACACUUUAAAAAUCAUGAUUCUUUUCCCAGUAUACUAUAUACUUCCGUCUAUGGUAGGCGAUAAUUUUAUUUAUGAAACAUAAUAAUUAGCGCAUAGCCUGUCACAAUGUAAUAGUUUUAGCAAAAUAAGGUAUUCAAAUAAAUCUCUUAGAGCCACA